AUGUCGUAUUUGGAACGAAGUGGGGUGAAAUCGAGCGGAGUAUCUGUUAAUAGACUUAUUAAAGGAGGUGUUAAUAGUUUAAAGAAAAUAUUAAAUAACAAUGAUUUUUCAAAUGAAUUAUAUUAUAAUAGACAUUUACAAGAGUAUUUUUGUAGAGAAGAAAUUAUAACACAAUUAAUAAGUUAUAUUUGUGGAAUAGAAGUAAGUACGGAACAAUUACAAAAUAAUGCAACGAGAGUGUUAUGUAAUAAUCUUCCAAAAAUUAAAGAUUAUUUAUUUGAAAAAAAUGAUUUCUUAACAGCAUUAAUUGAAACAAUUGAUUCAGAAAAUACUAAUACUCUUAGUUGUAUUAUUAAAGUAAUAGAUGAAUUACUUGUUUCUAGUAAUUCUACAAUGUUUCAAGUUAUAGUAGAACAAGAAUUACCAAUUGAUGAAUUAAUGAAAUGUUUAGAUAUUGAUGAAGUAUAUUCAUUAUUAAAUGAUUUAUUAAGGUAUAAAGAACAAGAACAAUUUGUUGGAAUUGAAUGGCUUUCAAAACAAUGUUUUAUUGAUAAAUUACUUAAUGUGUUUAUACAACAAGGAAAUUAUGGAGAUGAUUAUGAUGAAGUUAUGAUUUAUAAUGUUACAUUACUUUUUCAAACAAUUUCUAUUAUUAAAUGUGUUUCUAUUAAUCUGCAAUUUAAUACUAAUGAACUUAUUAAACCAUUUUAUAAAACAAUUUUCACUUCCACAAGUAAGGGGUUUGUUCAAAAUGGACUUGACAUUAUUCUUUCAAUGCUUAAAGGUUGUACUAAUGAUCAAAUUAUUAUUGAACCAGAAUUUGUUCCAAUUUGUUUAAAUGAACUUAUUACAUAUUCUGAUUAUAUAACACAUCAUUUAAAAUAUAAUAAUGGAAAUAUUACUACUGAAAGAAUUCAAUUAAUUGGAAUUGUUCAAUCAAUGAUUAAUUCACGGUAUCAAUCAAUUUUACAAUUUAUACUUCAAAGUCAAUGGAUUGACUAUUGUAUUAAUACAUUUUAUAGUUAUGAACACGUUUCAACAAUUUAUCGUCAAACAAUUCUUGAUAUACUAAACAGUAUUUUUCAAGAGAAUGGAAUUGAAUGUCUUGGUUUAGAAUUAUUAAAAAAUGGUUUAAUUCAACGAAUGAUAAAAGAAGAUGAAAAGUCAGAAGAAUAUUAG